UCGCGCGGCACGCGGUUGCCAUGGUAAUGAGCUCCCAGAGCGGAGUGUGGGUUUUGUGAGUCGGUCGGGUUACUGGGGCCCCGAGGCCGCCCGGUGGGGCGGCGGGGUCACCUAUGGGCCAGUCGAGAAGCAAACCCAGAGAGAAGAAAGUUGAGGAGGAAAAGAAGAGCCCUACCACUUUAGUUACAAAGUCUAAGGACAAAGUAAUGGAGAAGGAGGCCAAGCAGUCUGACAAGGACUCUCAGCCUGCCGAGAGCCUGCUGUUCGGGACAGGGACAUCCAAGCACUCGAGGCCUUCGUCGUCGUCUGAAGGUAGGAGACCCGAGGACAGCGGCCAGGUCGAGGCGCAGGGCUGGGUGCCGUCCGUGGCUGAGGAUAACGGUCCUGGACGGGAAGCAGUCGGGAGUCUGGGGUCCGCCGAGGGAGCCGCGGCGCGGGCAUCUGUACGUGGACACCCUGCUCCCGAAGGAGAAACAAGAAGAAUCUCGAGGGAUCCCCACAGUGUCCCCCGCCCCGAGAGGGUCGCAGGGUGGCCCCGGGAGGGUCCGGCCUCCCUCAGCCUGGCCACGGGGGUGGGGUGGAGGGCUUCUCAGGGAGAAAGUCCCGCGUGGGACACCUCUGGCCACGCCUUUGGUGUGAAUUGUUGGCGGCCAGACGAAGGAGGGCCAUGCACAGAGCCUCCGGGCGCCGUGGCACCCACUGUCGGAAGCAGAUCUGUUGCGGGUUUACAACAAGGGAGGCUUUGGGAGCUGCAUGCUUUGUCUUUCAGACGGCACACCUCCCCUGGAGGUGUAUGAGAAGAAGCAGGGCCCUAGGAGGGACUCCCCCAAGCUCGCAAUCCGGUGCAUCCCAGAGGUGCAUCCCAGAGGUGCAUCCCAGAGGGGCAUCCCAGAGGGGCAUCCCAGAGGGGCAUCCCAAAGGCGCAUCCCAGAGGUGCAUCCCAGAGGGGCAUCCCAGAGGUGCAUCCCAGAGGUGCAUCCCAGAGGGGCAUCCCAGAGGGGCAUCCCAAAGGCGCAUCCCAGAGGUGCAUCUCAGAGGUGCAUCUCAGAGGU